AUGUUUCGGGGGUUGUCCAGCGUCUCCGAGGUUAACGUACAUAUCGGUACCACGCUCCAACUCUUCGUCCCUAGGGAACUGCGCAACUUCGAAGCUUUCUCGCAUAUCGACGAAGUGGCGCAGAACUUUGCAGGCCACCAUGCUCAACUCGCGACUCAUCUUGCCUUGGGCAUAUUUGUCCAAACGACCUAA